AUGGACAACCCUCUCAGCAGCCCUGACAGCCAACACAACAGCCAAAAUGAGCCAGCUACAGACAAGACAUCCUCAGGCUUAAACAAGACAGUCAAAUUUGAUGAAUCCCAAAUCAUAACCAAGCCAGUAGAAGAAAAUGGAUCCCAUGAACUAAAGGAACAGACCGAGGACAAUGUAAUCCAAGACCUAAAUGAACCAGUCAAGCUCAGCCAAUCCGAACUCAUAAUUGAGCCAGCAAAGGAAAAUGAACCCCAAAAACUAAAUGAACAGACCAAGGACAGUGAACCCCAAGAUCAACCAACCCGGGACCACAGCCUCCAAAACAUGAAUGAGGUUGUUGUGGAAAGCAAAAGCCUAAAUCAGAUAGCCCAGGACAGGACAGUUCCAGAGUUAAAAAAUGAAACUGAGGCAAAGCAGGAAACACCAGAGAAGACGUUGCUGGACCAAGAGAAAUCCCCACUGCCUUCUAGUUUCAGUGGACAGGAAGUUAUUCCAACAGAUGACAUUCCUGCCCCUAGGCCCAUCUUGGAUGGCAAUGAUCAAGGCCUACCAGAACAGGCUGUAGACAAUGAACCCCGAGCCAUCAAGGUCCAGGAGAAGACUGUUGUGGAGGAAAAGCAGGCUGUAAACAAUGAACCCCAAGCCAUCAAGGCCCAGAAGAAGACUGUUGUGGAGGAAAAGCAGGCUGUAGACAAUAAACCUCAAGCCAUUGAGGCCCAGGAGAAGACUGUUGUGGAGGAAACAGAGCAACAACCUCAGUACAAGAAGGAGGGUCCUCCUCAGAUCAUCAUUACUUCUGUGCCGGAGAAAAUACUCAAAAUAGAGAAGGCAGGAGUGCCCAGCUUGCAUGUGAAGAAGCCAUCCUCCCCUAGCAGUAGCUACAGAUCACUUUCUGCCAGGCCAAUGUUGUCACGGAAUCCACCACAGCUAGCAAAGGCAGCUCUUUACCCAAAGCCCAAGCUCCAAACUGCCAAUAAAGCAACUCAGAUAUUACCUGGGAGGGUGCCGAUGUUUACAAAGGUACAACCUAAGAGAGUCCUGCCCCCCAAACCCAAACCCCCAUCUGCUGAUAAAGCAACUGAGAUUUCCCCCUCCUUUGAGGAGCUGCUGAAAAGACCACCUCUUUUGGUGAAGAAGAAGAAGAAAAGGGAUGAGAUGAGUCCUGCAACCAUGGUCAAGGUCUGGCCACAGACAACUAGCUCGCCCAAUGUGCGCCGAACUGUUAGCAGCCGUCGUGGCAGAUCACUUCGUGCAGCAGCAGCUAGUCCAGCACUACAUGUGAAAAGCACAAAAAGCAUGCCACUGUAUUUGAAAACCACAAAAAAUAAGCCACGGCAUGUGAAAAGCACAAAAAGUGCGCCACUACGUGUGAAAUUCUCCUCAAGUUCAUCCAAUAAGCACCUGUUGAAUCUGAGUUAUUGUCCCAGAAAGAAGCGUAAAAUCAUUUGUAAUCUUUGCAUAACCUUCUGUGACAACUGGGAAGAACCCAGACUAUCCCGUGGUCAGCAGACUUGGUGGAAAGAGUCCCUGGCCUCCUGUUCCGGCCUCUACAGGGCCUGCUCUGUUUUCAGCACCAUGAAAUAUGGCAGGAUUCAUGUGAGAGACCUCCUUCUGACCCUGCACACCCUGGGCAUCCUGGUGACCAGUGAGGAGAUGCAUCAUAUUCUGUGCCUCGUCAAUGUAGAUGAACAUAAAUGUCUGAACUUCUCUGAAUUCCUGGAAGCUGUGAAUGCAACCUCUCCUUUUGCAGAGACAGAGGGUUUUCAGAAUGCUCUCUGGGCGUUCAGGAAGAUGAAGAAGGGAACAGUGUCUGUUAAAGAGCUGGAACCCAUCUUGCAGUACCUGGGGAUCACCCUUUGCCCAGAGACUGUACAACAAACCCUGGGAUGCACAAAAGUGGACCAGAACGGGAAGUUCAGCAUUUCAGACUUUCUCAUGGCUGCAAAAGAUGUGCAGAGAAUCUUCGAAGAAGAGGAUGAAGCAUUCCUGAAUGAACACGCCAUUUUCAAAAGGAGGCCUUUUCAGGAAGUGGCUGACCUCAUUGAUGCUGAAUGCGGAUGCAGGAGGAACUACUGUGACUGCUUUGAUGAGAUGCCACCCACUCCCACGUGCCAUGUUCCCCUCUUGACGAGGCGUGAGUCAGAAAAAGAGGUUGCUCUUAGCAAGCAGGGGAGCAGGACAUCCAGUGUGAACCUCAGACAGUCCAGUUCGGCAGCCUCUGUCAAUGUGCCCAAAGAGGAAUCAAAACAUAGUGCCAUCAUGGAGGUGUCAGCAUCCCAGAGGAGCAUCAAAUCUGACUUUAAAAGCCAUGAAUCCCUUGCAAAUAUUGCAAAGGGGGAAAAUAACGUUGACAGUUCCGUGGAGUUGAAAAAGUCCCAGUUGGAUCCAUUCAGUCAAGACAUUGAGGAGCCAGUUCCAUCCUAGUGGAUUCAUAGAUAGAAGAAUUUGGGUUUCUUGGUUUGUUUUUGAAAAAGUAGAAUUGAUGUCAAACCUCUUGAAUUGUUCUGUCUGAUAUGGUUGAGACUGCUGUAUUACUUGUUCCUUUCACUUCCACUUGCUCCUUUCACCUUCCCACCAUGUUAACAGACAGAGCGGUGUUCCAAAAUGGAAGAUGAAAGUAAUGGGGUUGAUUCCUCCUGUACCUCACAUCAUGUUGCAGGAACUUGAGGAAAAGACUGUGUUGUGACCUUUGGGUGUUUUGUAAGCAAGUCAACUGCUG